AAGCGGUAUGUUGUUUCAAUAACACCAAGGUUUUAUUUCUCGCUCGAGUUGACAUAUACAAGUCGUUUCUGUCGGAUAUAUUUACUGAUCGCAGGUUAAAAUUUUACUGCAGAGCAAGUUUUUCAACAGUUUAAUAAUAUUAAUUUCAACUUAAAAUAACGGAAAUGUCACAUGUUUUGGAUGAGCGCGAGGAUUUCAUUAUGCAAGGUUUAGCGGAGCUCAUCAAAUCACUCACCGGGUUUGAAGAAUCCGAUGAAAACUUUGUUCUCUGUCAAAAUUUUGCUCUUGCAACAAUUCGAAGUCAUCGGUUUCUGUCCGUCAACAGCCAUGAAAUUCGCCGUAAAGCUGAUGGACUAGUUGAAAACUUACGCAUAUCGAAUAUGGAUAGGCAGGCUGGUCAGUUUCUAGAGGCCUACGAACAAUUUACAACGGAUUCAGUGUGCUUAGAACAUGAUGAACACGGUAUUCAAUGGUCAGUUCUGCUAUUUCUAAUGAGCGUUGCACAUAAUCCGAUUGGUGCAUUGAAGGAUCGCAUAAGACGAGGCUCUCCGGUCGGCAUGUUGCAGAUAUCUGUUCCAUCUACUAAGCAUACUCUGGAUCAAGAUGAAAAAGAAAAACUGCUCAAGGAGCUACGUGCCGAUAACUUGGAUGUCGUACCCAGAUGUACGGAAGAUAAUGAUUCUGACUUAAGUGAGUGGUCUGAUUCUGAGGAUGAAGGAGAUCGUAAACAGGUGGUGCUUGUAGAACCCUUGCAGUUGACUAAUAAAACAGAGUCUGAAAAAGAGGUAGUAAUAUUUACUCGGGUAGAUCCUCCAAAACGUGAUCAAGGAUAUGAGCAAUUUAACGGAACCAAAUCAGAACAGUGGUUGCAGGAUAACAUUCAAUCGUGUUGGUGGAAGAAUCCGAAAUCUAAGGCAGAAGUUAACAGCAUCCACGAAGGAGCAUCCUUCUGUGACUAUUGGAAUAGGACCAUCUUGAAAGCUUCCCAUAGCUUUAUCAAACCGGAUCCUGUUUCGACGGUGCCCGAAUACUGUCUAGUGCGGGAGAUUUUCUGGAUGUUUAUCAAUCCAACUGAUUGCAAAUUUUUCCGCAUUGAUGACGAUCAAAUUUGGAUUAAUCCCAACGUAUCGUUAUCUAGUGCAACUGAGCGCGGUUUGCAUACGUUUUUGUUGAAUUUCACCGAACACAUGACCAUUGUUUAUAGACUGCGUAAUUUUUGUCAUAAGGUGUCGGAAGCUACUAACAAUCCCAUUCCAGCACCCUACAGUUUCGAGUGUUAUGCUUCAGCGAUUAGAAACUUUCUUGAACACUUGGAAGCAGUCAUUGUCAAACUUGAGAAAGACGUCAUUGCUCAGCAGCCAGAUCGAAUAUUUACCGUAAUUACCCUAUUUCAUGAGCUGGAUUCAGAGUUUCAACUGUUAAAAAAUUUAUACGAUAUCCAUCGUUUUUCCGUGCUGGAUUGGACGAAAUUUCCAGCACAUAUUGCUGUGGCUCAUUUAUUGUCGGGAUUGUUCAGAAGUGUGAAGUUGAGUGGAAAUUUAGAAAAGACCAAUCUUGCCUUUGCCCUGUUGUUAUCGACAUUGAAAGGCUACAUGAACAUCAUCGAUACCUGGUGGACUGAAGGUCGGUUGGACGAUUGGAGAGAAGAAUUUCUAGUAGAGAGAACAUAUGCUACUGAAGACCACGCUGGUACUGGUUAUCGAGCUCGCUUGUUUUCAAAAUGCAAGAAACGUUCCUUUUACGUUAGCUCGGCGAUUUCAGAAGUUAUUGAAAAUGAUGCUAUAAUUCAACUAUUGAUGCACCACUCUCUGGAAGCUGGCUAUACCUUGAACAUACUGACUGGGCUAGAUAGACUAAGUGAUUUGAGAAGUGGUUGUGAAUCGGUAGAUGAGAGCAUGGUGUAUGUUGGCUUCUUGGAGGCUAUCGUCGAAGUAUUAGAAGGAUUCAGGACCACUGACGGUGAGAUUAUGGAUAGUAUAGUUGGUGAUAGAAGUCGUAUGGAAACCUUGAAAGAAGAAACUGUUUGUACAACGAAACUGCAAAACCUGCAAAAUCAAAUGAAAGAGAUCUGUGACGAUGAAUUAUUCAUGAUGGCCCUGGACAGUUCUCUACGCCUUGCAUGCGGAACUGUCAACGACGCACAUCCAGAACUGUUGUCCAAUGGUUCUAUCAACUGUAUAACUAAUGCAUACUCCCUCCAUACAAGGUUGAACUCAAUCUCUAGAAACCUUAUGUUACCAUUAGAGAAUGUACUGUUUAGUGCCAUUAAGAAUCUAAUGGAAACCAAACGUCAAGCGGCUAAUCAUUUUGUGACUACUAUCUACAAGCAAGAGUUUCUCGUGUUAAACCAUUUGAAGAACAUUCGAAAAGUAUUGUUGUUGGAGGCCAGCGAUUUAAUGUAUUAUUUUUAUAGCGAUUUAUUCCGUCGAAUCGAAGCAGGAGAGAGUUGGGCUAAUCCAUAUUUGCUGACGAUUCAAUUGAAUGAUAUUUUGUCAUCGCGAUUCACAGAUAUGACUUCUUUAUUUACGAUCGAAAUCGUAUCAGAGUACAAAUCUGAGUCUACAACAGCUGUGUUAGAUGCUAUCGACCAGAUCCGAGUUUUAUACAAUCCAAGCAAUGAUCUUAGUAACAUGAUUAACGACAAAACUAUGGAAAGCUACAAUUGUGUAUUUCGCUUUUUACUAAAGAUCAAGUGGGCACUCUGUACAUUGGAAUCGCUUCGAUAUCCGGAGUGCUACAAACGACGUCCACCCUAUGAAGAACCUUGUGUGUUAGAUUUGAACCUCAAGCGACUGGCAAUGCUUAAAUUCUGGAUGAUUUUUACUGUCCAGUGCAUUCACUCACAUCUGAUGACACAUGUGCUACAGUCCCUUGGAAUGCAAUUGGACAAACGACUUGAACUUGCCGACAAUCUCAAUGACAUGAUUGUCAUUCAUCAGUCUUAUAUCAGUACUAUAUAUGAGCACAGCUUUCAACGUGAUGAAAGCAAAUUGUUUCUCGAGGGUGUCUUACGGCUGCUGAAUCUUGUGCACAUUGUACGUGAUGAAUGGAACAGUAAUGUGCUCUACUCAGAAAUGGACGCUCGCGGAGACAUUGAAGAUAAUAGCAUGAUCGGUGACUUUAUUAGUAACGCACAGGUUGGAAUGUUGGAAAAAACCUACUGUAAAUGUCACCAGCAACUAGCAGAGUUACUUAACCGAGAGGUGUACACGAAGCAUAAAGCAUAUCUCGCCGCGCUGUCUGAUGCGUUCAGCUACAACGUUCCUUACUAAAUAUUUGACACCCCACAGUUGUUAAAAAGAAUAUUUAUUGUUACACGACACACAUUUGUAAUACACUCAAUAUUGUAAGCUCCGCUUCGUUCCGAUAUCGUCUAA